AAUGUUUGAAGAUAUCGAAAUUUUUGCAUCCAGAGUCUAGAAUCUAGAAUCUAUGUACGUCUACCACACAAGCCAAGUAAGUAUGUAUGCAUCUAAAGAAUAUAAAUUCGAAGAGAAUCCCCCCAUUGCCAUUCUCAUUCCCUCACACACACACACAUCAGCAACUCCUCUCUCUACCUUCAUCUCCAUCUCCAUCUCCGUCUCAUCCCCAUCAUUCCCGCCUUAGAUCUCUGAUCUCAACACCUCACCCACCUCACUAUGGCGCCAAUCCUCAACCUCGCCCUCGCACUCGCGAUGCCCAUCCUCUCAAUGGCAGCCGCACUCCCCACGGGAACUGAACUCGAAAAUCGCGGCAGUACCCUCACAGGCACAGCAGGAAUCGUAGGAGGAACGACCGCCGCAUUGGGGGAAUUCCCCUACAUAGUUAGUUUAACAUAUUCUGGAUCGCAUUUCUGCGGUGGUGUUUUGCUCAAUGCGUAUACUGUUCUUACGGCUGCUCACUGCUCUGUUUCUUAUUCGGCAUCUUCUGUUAAAGUUCGUGCUGGGACUUUGGUAUGUUGUUUUUGUUUCCCUUGUGCUUCUUCGUUGCGAUGAAUGCAGAGAUCAUGUUUUUAAAAUGAUUCCCAUUCGUCGCAUUUCGUACUUCAAAGUUUAUGUAUUGACAUAUGAUAGACCUGGGCAUCUGGCGGUACACAAGUUGGAGUUAGUAAGGUUGUUGUCAAUCCUUCUUACAAUUCUCAAACGAUCGAUAACGACAUUGCACUCUGGCACUUGUCAACUGCUAUUCCAGCCAGCUCAACCAUUGGCUAUGCCAAGUUACCCGUUCAAGGUUCUGAUCCUGUUGUUGGUUCUACUGUCACAGUUGCAGGCUGGUAUGUAACUCCCUCUUAUACGAAGUUGCUUGAACAAAGAGCUAAUUAAAAGCUAGGGGUCUUUUGACUGAGAAUUCAUCCUCCUUACCAGCAACUUUAAGAAAAGUCUCAGUUCCAGUCAUCUCUCGUUCUACCUGCCAAGCUGAGUAUGGUACAUCUUCUGUUACAGCCAACAUGUGGUGUGCAGGAGUGACUGGUGGUGGUAAAGACUCUUGCUCUGGUGAUAGUGGUGGACCAAUUAUUGAUGCUGCUACUGGUGUUUUAGAGGGAACUGUCUCCUGGGGUCAAGGAUGUGCUGAAGCUGGUUAUGCUGGUGUUUACUCCAGACUUGGUAACUAUGUUACUUAUAUUCAAAGUAACCUCUGGACUUCUUUGUAAAUAGGGAGUAAAUGGUGGAGUGGAAGAAAGGUCAGAUCUUGAAAGAGACGAAAUUGGCAGUGGAAGGUAGCAUAGAACGAGAUGGUGGAGCGCUGUGAUAGAUUAGCUAGACUUCUAAAAAAUG